AGCGUCCCCCCAUUCUAACCGUGCAUGCGCAGCUCCAGGAGCGCACAGCGCGGCGAUCGGCGGUGCGCUGUGUCCCUCUGACACAACGGAUUACCGAUCAACAGAAAGAGCCGAAGAUGUCGGCUCAGUCAUGUGAUCAGCUGUGUCCAAUCACAGCUGAUCGCAUGGCACUUAUGAUCAGUGUGCCCUGAUGAUCUGUGUAGCCCCAGCAGUGCCACCUGUCAGUGUCCAUCAGUGCUAGCUGUCAGUGCUCAUCCAUGCCACCUGUCAGUGCCCAUCAGUGUCACAUCAAUGCCACAUUUCAGUGCCUACCAGUGCACAUCAAUGCCAUAUAUCAGUGCCCAUCUGAGCUGCCUUUCAGUGUCACCCAUCAAUGCCAGUCAGUGCCGCCUAUCAGUGCUGCCAAUCAGUGCCGCCUAUCAGCGCCACCUAACAGU